UCCUCUCCUCUCCUCUCCCAGUGGGCGGGACUUUGAUCCCGAUUCAGCCCCAUAUGGGGGCGUGGUCUGUGGAUGCAGCCGCGUUUGGAGCGCUGUUGCCCGGCCAGCCUCCCAGCUGUGACUCGCUGUGAUUUCUUCCUCUACUCCCCUCGUUAAUACUCCCCGCAGAGGCCUGUCGUCGCUCUCUCCGGUUAAAGAUGGAGCUCCGGAUGAUAAUACCCGCUCUCCUUUUCGUUUCUGCCGCAUGUCUGCAGUCGGUGUCCAGCGGGGCUUCACGGACAGGACCGAAAGUCACCGAGAAGGUGUUUUUUGACAUUACGGUGGCAGGUCAUGAGGUGGGGCGGAUCGUCAUCGGCCUUUUUGGGGAGGUCGUCCCUCUCACUGUCAAUAACUUUGUCGCCCUGGCAACAGGAGAGAAAGGUUAUGGCUACAAAGGGACAAAGUUCCACAGAGUCAUCAAGGACUUCAUGAUCCAGGGGGGAGACUUCACAGCUGGAGAUGGAACUGGUGGUCACAGCAUUUAUGGAACAACUUUUGCAGAUGAAAACUUCAAACUGAAGCAUUUAGGAGCAGGCUGGGUGAGUAUGGCAAACGCUGGUCCAGACACCAACGGAUCGCAGUUCUUCAUCCUGGCUACCAAAGCACCAUGGUUGGAUGGGAAACACGUGGUUUUUGGCAAAGUCCUGGAUGGGAUGUCUGUGGUUCACACCAUCGAGCUUCAGGACACCAACGACAGGAACCUGCCGUACACCGAGUGUGUGAUCGUAAACAGCGGCAGGAUCCCGGUUAAAGAGCCCUUCGUAGUGGAGGUGGAGGGCUGGUGAAUGCCAGCAUUAAUAGUUGUGGUUACUAUAAUGGAGAUAAAUCAGAAGUCUUUGCUUUCAUUUUGCUGUUUGCCAAAUUCACAUUUUCAUAUUAUUACUUUUGCAUGUUAACAUAUUCACUGUUGCAGGGCUGGGUAUUGUCUGAAAUUUUUAUUUGAUAGCAGGGCUAAUACAGUACUGAAACAGAUACCAAAAAAAUACAGUUUUCGUACUUUAAAGUAUAUAAACUUGUUUUUCUGUUUUCUAUCUAACAAAACAAAUAGCAAAUUUGUUAGUGUUUAAUUUUGUCUUAACACGAACAGGUAAAAAUAAAGUACAGAUAAAUAUGAUCAGAAAUUAUGUUUUCAAUCAGGAGAUAUUUGAUCAAACAGUAAACAAGACCAAGACUCUGACCAAGCAUUCAAUUCCUGUUUUCAGUAAACUAGCUGGAAGGUUUUAGUACGUACUCUGCACUACAAAUGUAUGGCAUCGAAAAUAUAUUGCGGUUCCAUAACCAAACCCAACCCCAGCGUGAAGCGCGACAUCCUAACAUGCUCAACUGCUAACAUGCUAAAGAUGCUUAAUGUUUAUUGCUAAAUCUAUGUUAAAAUUUAGCUGUAACAUACACUAACAAACUUAUGGAGCCAAAUCAGGGCCAAUUUAAUUUAAAUAAAGAUUUGAAAUUGAAAGUUGAAAUUUCAAUUUUGA